CCCAGAACCUGUCCUCAGCUUCCGAAAGCUGUUACCAUGGAGAUGGGCUAACAGAUGGUAUGGGCUGUUCUCAGAGGGGUGAGGAGGGAGCCCAGGACCUGAGGUAGCUGGUGGCAGGACAUUCCGCCUCUAGGCGGCCAGAGACGUGCCAGGAUGGAGGUCCUGAAGGAGAAAGUGGAGGAGGAGGAGGAGGCCGAGCGGGAGGAGGCGGCCGUGCGGGCUGAGAGGGGCGAGAAGGUGGUGAGGCCGAUGGAGGUGCGGAGAGAGGAAGCCCCCAUGACACAGGAGAUGCUCAGAGACCUGGAGAAGAAGCUGUCAGACAUUGAGAUGGCCAUCCCGGAGAAGCUCUCGACCUUUACCAAGGACACUAUCGACAUCUCCAAGCUACCCCUCUCCUACCAAAGCAACACGCUCAAGGAGGAACACUUGCUGCAGGUGGCGGACAGCUUCUCCCGCCAGUACAGCCACCUGUGCCCAGACCGCGUGCCCCUCUUCCUGCACCCACUGAACGAGUGCGAAGUGCCCAAGUUAGUGAGCACAACCAUCCGACCCACACUGAUGCCCUACCCUGAGCUCUACAACUGGGACAGCUGUGCCCAGUUCGUCUCAGACUUUCUCACCAUGGUGCCCCUGCUGGACCCCCUCAAGCCGCCCUCCCACCUGUACUCCCCGACCACGGUGCUCAAGUACCAGGAGGGGAACUGCUUCGACUUCAGCACGCUGCUCUGCUCCAUGCUCCUCGGCGCUGGCUAUGACGCCUACUGUGUCAACGGCUACGGCUCACAGGACAUGUGUCAAAUGGACCUGACGCGGGACGUGUGCCCGCUCACCGUGAAGCACCAGGAGGUGGUCCAGGAGGAAGAAAAGGUACCACCUAAGAAGUACGCCAUUAAACCGCCCAGGGACCUGACCAGCAGGUUCCAGCAAGAGCAGGAGACAAAGAAGCUGGAGGAGAUCAAAGCGGAGGAGGAGAGGCGGCUGAGGGAGGAGGAAGAGCGCCUCCUGAGGGAAGAAGACAAAGAGGCCACGCAGUACCCCUCCACCUUCCUUUGGAUGAUAUCUCACCCAGAAUCACAACGCAGAAAGCCAGAUGUGGAGAAAGCAAAGACUGACCCCCUGCAUGGCCUACGUGUGCACUCCUGGGUCCUGGUGUUGUCGGGGAAGCGGGAGGUGCCUGAGAGUUUUUUUAUCGACCCAUUCACGGCACGCAGCUACAGCACCCAGGACGACCACUUCCUGGGCAUCGAGAGCCUCUGGAACCAUAAGAACUACUGGGUCAACAUGCAGGACUGUUGGAACUGCUGCAAGGACUUGGUCUUUGACCUGGGAGACCCUGUGAGAUGGGAGUACCUGCUCUUGGGGACCGAGAAGUCUCACCUGUCCUUGACUGAGGAAGAGGAAGAUGGGUUGAAUGAUGACGACGAUGUGGAAAACCUGGGCAAGGAGGACGAGGAUAAGAGUUUCGACAUGCCGCCCUCAUGGGUGGAGCAGAUUGAGAUCUCCCCAGAAGCUUUCGAGACCCGCUGCCCAAAUGGGAAGAAGGUGAUCCAGUACAAGAGGGCGAAGCUGGAGAAGUGGGCCCCAUAUCUCAACAGCAACGGCCUCGUGUGCCGCCUCACCACCUACGAGGACUUGGAGUGUACCAAGACUUUGGAGAUAAAGGAGUGGUUUCAGAAUCGGGAGGACAUGCUGGAGCUGAAGCACAUAGACAAGAGCACAGGCCUGAAUGUCGACUACUUCAAGCCAGGCCACCCCCAGGCUCUGCGUGUGCACUCGUACAAGUCUAUGCAACCUGAAACGGACCGCAUCAUGGAGUUUUAUGACAGAGCCCGUGUGGACGGCCUGGUAAAGCGGGAGGAGACAUCGAAGACAAUGACGGAGUAUUACCGAGGACGGUCUGACUUCCUCUCCUAUCGCCAUGUCAGUUUCGGGGACAGGGUCAAGAAGUUGUCUCUGAACAGUGCAGAGUCAAACCCCCGGCCGAUUGUGAAAAUCACAGAGCGGUUUGCCCGCAACCCCGAGCAGCCUGCGGAUGAGGAUGUGGCGGAACGCGUGUUUCUGAUCUCGGAGGAGCGCAUCCAGCUGCGCUACCACUGCCGUGACGACCACAUCACGGCCUCCAAGCGCGAGUUCCUGCGGCGCUCCGAGGUGGACAACAAGGGCAACAAGAUCGUCAUGACGCCCGACAUGUGUAUCAGCUUUGAGGUGGAGCCCAUGGAGCACACCAAGAAGCUUCUCUACCAGUAUGAGGCCAUGAUGAGGCUGAAGAAUGAGGAGAAGUUGUCCAGACAUCAGGCCUGGGAGUCGGAGCUGGAGGUGCUGGAGAUCCUGAAGCUUCGAGAGGAGGAGGAGGAGGAGCACAGGCUGACCAUCUCCAUCUAUGACACCAAGCGCAACGAGAAGAGCAAAGAGUACCGGGAGGCCAUGGAGCGCGUGAUGCACGAGGAACACCUGCGGCAGGUGGAGGCCCAGCUGGACUAUCUGGCCCCCUUCCUGGCACAGCUCCCGCCGAGUGAGAAGAUGACACGUUGGCAGGCCAUGCGUGUCAAGGACGAGUGCCUCAGUGACUUUAAGCAGCGACUCAUCGACAAGGCCAACCUCAUCCAGGCCCGGUUCGAGAAGGAGACCCAGGAGCUGCAGAAGAAGCAGCAGUGGUACCAGGAGAACCAGGUGACCCUGACGGUCGAGGACGAGGACUUGUAUCUGAGUUAUUGCUCUCAGGCCAUGUUCCGCAUCCGCAUCCUGGAGCAGCGGCUCAACCGGCACAAGGAGCUGGCCCCGCUGAAGUACUUGGCUCUGGAGGAAAAGCUCUACAAGGACCCACGCCUGGUGGAGUUCAUGAAAGUCUUUGUUUGAUGCCCGCCAUGGGGCCUUGGCCAAAGCUGCCAGGGCAAGAAACCUCCCCCACAGCCUGGCCCCUGUGCCCCCCACACCCGGAAAAUGACAGUCCACUUGGGCGACCUCACUGCCACACCGCCUCCCUGUGGCCCUGUCUGUUCCUGCUUCUCAUGACCUUCCCGUAAAUAAACACACUUUGAAUUUGC